AUGCAGGGAGCUGAAGGAGACAACAGAACUUGGCAACAAGAAACCUGGGCUGUAUCAGCAACAUACCUAGCAAUGAAGUGGACAACUGGAACUCACAAGGGUCUGUGGACCAUCAUCGUCAUUCUCAGCUCAAGUUGGCUGCUGACUUCAGGGGCCUUGCUCCCUAAGCUCCGUAAUUCAGGCAGGCUUUGGAAACGUGAAGCAUCCCAGUAUAUUCCACCAAGGGACAGUGAUGACCUCAAAGUCUCCCUCUUUCCCUGGAAUAUCCGCAUCCCUUCCAUCACUCUGCGUGACUGGAGCCUCAAGUGGAUGUCUUCUGAUGUUUCGGCACCCCAAGAGGAGGACAACAAAGAUGAUGGGCAAAACAGGAAGUCCCACCUAUGGGACCCAGAGAGAGAGGAAGGUGCAUCUCCUGGGGGCCAAAAGGUGGUUCUGUACCCAGCAGGCUGGGUUCCAGGCUGGGGUGGGAAGCGAAGUAUUGUGGUAGGAGAUGAUGCAGCUUUCCGGGAGAAAAGCAAAAUGUUGACAGCUAUGGAAAGGCAGAAGUGGCUCAACUCCUAUAUGCAAAAAUUUUUGGUGGUGAACUCUGAUUAA